AUGGUAAAAGAUAUUAAAGUAAUGGUUGUAGGUGAUAUGAGUGUAGGUAAGACAUGUUUACUCAUUUCCUACACUACAAAUUCAUUCCCCGGAGAAUAUGUUCCAACUGUUUUUGAUAAUUAUAAUGCAAAUGCAAUAGUUAAUAAUACACCAAUAAAUUUAGGACUUUGGGAUACUGCUGGUAGUGAGGAGUACAAUUCAUUCCGUCCACUUAGUUAUCCAGGUACAGAUGUAUUUAUUAUUUGUUUUUCUUUAAUUUCACAAACAAGUUUUGAAAAUGUCAUUAAAAAGUGGCACCCAGAAAUUAUUCAAAAUAUGGAACAAGUCCCACCAAUUAUUUUAGUUGGAACUAAAUUAGAUCUUCGUGGUAAAGGUAAAAGUGAAGAAAAAGAAGUUACACCAGAAAUGGGUGAACAAAUGAGAGCAGCAAUUGGUGCUUAUAAAUAUUCUGAAUGUUCUGCACUCACUCAAGAUGGUUUAACAACUGUAUUCGAAGAAGCAGGUAGAGUUGUACUCUUCCCUCCUUCAAAAGAGGAAUUGGCUAAAUCAAAAAAAGACUCUAAAAAAGGUGAUAAAGACUCAAAGGAUUGUAUAAUACAAUAA